UUUUUUUUUUUUUUGAAUUCUGUAUUAUUGAAACAAACUUACUGUACAUUGAAUUCGAAAGUUAGGUCAAUGUCAGGUUUGUCUCAGUUUAAUACAAUAAUAAAAGAUCAAUACAAGGCAUUUAAUGUUUUAUUUAAAAAUAAAUAAAAUAAAAAAUUCAAUGCUCAGCAAAGAUUGCAAUAAAAUAUUGUAAUUAAAUGACAGUGUUUUAAAAUAAAAUAUUAAAAUAAACAAAAAUCACUAACAAUUGAUUUUUGCGAUUUUUUUUGUAAUAGCCAAUUAAAAAUAAAAAAAAAAAAAAAAAGGUUUGAUGGAUGAGUAGUUACAAGCCUUAGUUAAAACCUUACAAGUACAUUAUAUACGCAACAGAGGCUUCACUAUAAAAUAUUAAAGUACCUUGUAACAAAGUUCAUAAUCUUAGUUGAAGAGCAAGACCUUACAACUCGUAAAGUUAAAAGUUUUCAAGAUCACAGACAAUAUUGGUUAUUAAAGUGAAGUUUAAUUGAUUAAAAUUAACUUAUAAAUAAUUAUUUAAUGGAUUUAUAAAAAGUCAAAUGGAAUGAUUACUUGAUACGAGCUUUUUAUUGUGAAAUAAAAUUAAUCAAAAUGGGAAAAACAAGUAUCUGGUUACUGGUUCUUUCCAUAACAGCUGCAUGCACAUGUGGUGGACGCACUGAAUGCAGUAAAAAAGGACAAAUAACAUUUUUAUUGAGUGUUCAUGAUGAUGCUUCGUGUGAAAAAGUUUUAAAUAAAGGUGUGAUGUUAUUUGAAGCAGCAAAAUAUCUUGCUGAACAGCACAAUAAUAGAUCUAAUUAUAAGCUUGAAUUAUCAGUCUUAGAUACUUGUGGAAGUAUAACUGGAACAUUAAAAGCUGCAAUGAAAGCAUUAGUUUGGUCUGACACAAAUUGUCUUCGACCACCAAAUUAUUUGGGAAUAAUUGGACCUGAAGCUACAGCAAACAUUGAUGCUGUACAAAAAAUAACAUCAACAUUGAAUAUUCCUCAUAUUGUCAAAACAGCUACAGUUGGUCCUUAUGUGCAUCAUUUAAGCAGAGAAUCUGAUUCUUUUAUUGUGCAAGGAGUUUUAGAAGUAAUAGAAGCAUUAAAAUGGAAAUCAUUUACACUUAUGUCAAGUAUAAAUCAUGAAAAUGAUAUUCAACAUAUUGCUAAAAAAAUAACAGCAGGAGCAACUGCUAGAGGACUUUGUGUUGCAAUUUAUGAUUCAGAUUUUGAUGAUUCAAUUCCACAUAUUGUUUACAUUGGAAAACCAAGUGAAAAAAUUUUAAAGAUACAAAAUUCAACAAUUUUAAUUGCAAGUGAAGGAAAUUUGGAUAAAUAUCUCAAUAAAUAUACUAGCAACAGUAAUGUUUUAUUGUUGGAGGAUACAAGAAAUGAAUUCAACGGCCUGGAAAUAAAAGUUGAAACUUCAAAAUGGUGGAAUAACAAUGAAGGCGUUGGUAAGUAUGAUAGAGAAGAACUCAGGGACAUAAGAUGGCUUGAGGAUGCAAUUAAAAUAUAUGCAAAAACAUUCGAGGCCCUAUGUGCUAAGAAACAAUGUUACGGACAAGUGAACCCUACAGAAUGGAAUAAUAUGAUUGCCACAACAAUUACAACACACAAUGCACAAUUAUCAUCAACAACGAGAAUUCUUGAUUUAUCAAUUAUGAAAUAUAACAGAUUUGCUAAAUUAGGUCAAGUUAAAGUACGAAAAAAUCAUGCUAAAAUUCAAUGGAAUAUUCCAAAUGAUAAUGACAAUAAUAAUUCUAAAUUUGAUGAUGUGAAAAAAAAUAAUAACGAUGAUAAUGAUGAUGAUGAAAAUGAUGAAAAUAAUACAUUAGAUUCUGCUGAUGAAUUGAUACCGAAAUCUUUUAAAAAAUUAAUAUCAAAAGGUAAGGAUAUUACAGUUGGAUGUGCAAAAACAACAAGUGUUGAUAAAGCAUCAACAUCUGAGGAUGAUGAUGAUGAUGAUGAAGAUGAUAUAGCCAAAGUUUUUUUUGACAAUGUUGAUGAAGAAUGGUGGUCAAUGGUUGUUACUGUUGGUGGUAUUGGUAUAUCAAUGUUUACUAUUGGUAUUUUAGCUGUGUAUGUUGUCGUAACAAAUAUAAAAGUACCAAAAACUCCAAAAUCUAAAAAACGACAAAUUGUUAGAGAUUUAAGUCUCAGAAGAGUUGAAAGUGACAAUGAGCUUCAAGUAUCAGUAACAAGACCACAAAGACCACGUAGAGAUAAUCCAAGAAAAGAAAGAGAAAGCAUCAGAAGCAUCCAGUCUGAUAGAAGUGUUUGAGUUACAAAAUAAUUAUAAUUUUCAAUUAGAUGAGUGGGAAAUUCUUGUGAUUAUAUAAAAAAAAAAAAAAAUUAUAUGUACAUGUCAGUAAAACUUGAUGUUAAUUUCCAUGCCUGAAUAAUUCUACAGAUGUCAGAUAAAUUUGCAACAGUGUAAUAAAUAAUAAACAUGAAAGUUCAUUUCAAUUUAUUAUGAGAUUUAAAUUUAACAACUUGUGUUUGACAAAAAUAAAAAUAAAAAUAAAUAUUAAUUUGUUCAAUAAUCUGUAUCAGUAUUAAAAAUUCACUUUCUUGUAAAAUAUGAUGCAAUAUUUUAAUUUAUUACAAUUAUGAAUAAAUAAUUCCAGAAACAAUAUCAAUAUAUAUGAAUAAAUAAUCUUAGAAAUAUGAGAUUAUUGAACAAAUUUCAAGUUGUCCGACAAUUAACAUUAAUUAAAUAAUAUGUAGGCUGUAAAUAGCAAAGUGUUUAAAACUUUUUUAUUAUUUACAACCACGGUUAAUUAUUCAAAGCUAUUGAAAAAAUAAAAUCCAUUUGAUUUAA